CGGCCAUGCGUGCAAUGCGGACUAACUGACUCGGCGGAGGCACAGCGCGCUGUGUGGGGCUGCUGUAAGGGUGGGACUGAAUGAACCGAGAGAAUCGGUCCGAUAGAGUCAGUAGCCGGACAGAUUUAUAGAUUUAUACCAUAUUUCACAUAGAAGCCUUUUUGGUACCAAUAAGACUAGAACAUAUUAUUUCUUGCUCGUGUCCCCCUCCCCUUUUCCUUUUUUCCUUAUCCUAAAAGAAGGCAAGAAUGGCUCAGAUACUGCCGAUACGAUUUCAGGAACAUCUGCAGCUGCAGAAUCUGGGGGUGAACCCGGCCAACAUCGGGUUCAGUUACCUCACCAUGGAGUCGGACCGAUUCAUCUGCAUCCGCGAGAAGGUGGGCGAGCAGAACCAGGUGGUCAUCAUCGACAUGAACGACCCCACCAACCCCAUCCGCCGACCCAUCUCUGCAGACAGCGCCAUCAUGAACCCGACCAGCAAGGUCAUCGCCCUGAAAGCUGCUAAGACGCUCCAGAUCUUCAACAUCGAGAUGAAGAGCAAGCUGAAGGCUCACACCAUGACGGAGGAGGUGAUGUUCUGGAAGUGGAUCUCGGUGAACACGGUUGCCCUGGUAACUGAGACCGCCGUGUUCCACUGGAGCAUGGAGGGCGACUCGCAGCCGCUGAAGAUGUUCGACCGCCACGCCAGCCUGGCGGGAUGCCAGAUCAUCAACUACAGGACCGACGAGCAGCAGAAAUGGCUUCUACUCAUUGGCAUCUCCGCUCAGCAAAACCGCGUAGUGGGCGCAAUGCAGCUCUACUCGGUGGACAGGAAGGUGUCUCAACCAAUCGAAGGCCACGCUGCCGCGUUCGCCCAGUUCAAGGUGGAGGGGAACAGCAAGGCCUCAACACUUUUCUGCUUCGCUGUGCGGAGCCAGGCUGGAGGGAAGCUGCACAUAAUCGAGGUGGGCCAGCCGGCGGCGGGGAAUCAGCCGUUCACCAAGAAGGCGGUGGACGUGUUCUUCCCCCCCGAGGCGCAGACUGACUUCCCCGUGGCCAUGCAGAUUGGUACCAAACAUGGCGUCAUCUAUUUGAUCACGAAGUAUGGCUACAUCCACCUCUAUGACCUGGAGUCUGGGGUGUGCAUCUACAUGAACCGCAUCAGCGCAGAGACCAUCUUCGUCACAGCGUCCCACGAGCCCACCUCCGGCAUCAUCGGAGUCAACAAGAAAGGACAGGUUCUGUCCGUGUGCGUUGAGGAGGAGAACAUCGUGAACUACGCCACUAACGUGCUGCAGAACCCCGACCUGGGCCUGCGCAUGGCGGUGCGGAGCAACCUGGCCGGGGCUGAGGAGCUGUUCGCCCGCAAGUUCAACACGCUGUUCACCCAGGGCAGCUACUCCGAGGCUGCCAAGGUCGCCGCGUCCGCCCCAAAGGGAAUCCUGCGGACGUCCGACACCAUCCGGAAGUUCCAGAGCGUUCCGGCCCAGCCCGGACAGGCCUCCCCCCUGCUGCAGUACUUCGGGAUCCUGCUGGACCAGGGCCAGCUCAACACCUUUGAGUCUCUGGAGCUCUGCAGGCCCGUCCUGCAGCAGGGCCGCAAGCAGCUGCUGGAGAAAUGGCUGAAGGAGGACAAGCUGGAGUGCUCAGAGGAGCUGGGAGAUUUGGUGAAGGCUGCAGACCCCACUCUGGCGCUCAGUGUGUAUCUCCGCGCCAACGUCCCCAACAAGGUGAUCCAGUGCUUCGCCGAGACCGGACAGUUCCAGAAGAUCGUGCUGUACGCCAAAAAGGUGGGGUACGCUCCAGACUGGAUCUUCCUCCUGCGGAACGUGAUGCGGGUCAGUCCAGAACAGGGCCUGCAGUUCGCCCAGAUGCUGGUCCAGGACGAGGAGCCGCUCACCAACAUCAACCAGAUCGUUGACGUGUUCAUGGAGAGCAGUCUGAUACAGCAGUGCACGUCCUUCCUGCUGGAUGCCCUGAAGAACAAUCGACCGGCCGAGGGCCACCUGCAGACCCGUCUGCUGGAGAUGAACCUCAUCCACGCCCCCCAGGUUGCAGAUGCGAUCCUGGGGAACCAGAUGUUCACACACUACGACCGACCACACAUCGCCCAGCUGUGCGAGAAGGCGGGGCUUCUGCAGCGUGCAUUGGAACACUACACCGACCUGUACGACAUCAAACGUGCGGUGGUGCACACACACCUGCUGAACCCCGAGUGGCUGGUGAACUUCUUCGGCGCCCUGUCGGUGGAGGACUCGAUCGAGUGUCUGAGGGCCAUGCUCUCCGCCAACAUCCGGCAGAACCUGCAGCUCUGCGUCCAGGUGGCCUCCAAGUACCACGAGCAGCUGGGCACCCAGGCCCUGGUGGAGCUGUUCGAGUCCUUCAAGAGCUACGAGGGGCUCUUCUACUUCCUGGGCUCCAUUGUGAACUUCAGCCAGGACCCCGACGUCCAUUUUAAGUACAUCCAGGCCGCCUGCAAAACGGGCCAGAUCAAAGAGGUGGAGCGGAUCUGCCGGGAGAGCAACUGCUACGACCCGGACCGAGUCAAGAACUUCCUCAAGGAGGCCAAGCUAACGGACCAGCUGCCUCUGAUCAUCGUUUGUGAUCGUUUUGAUUUCGUCCACGACCUGGUGCUUUACCUGUACAGGAACAGCCUGCAGAAGUACAUCGAGAUCUACGUUCAGAAGGUGAACCCCAGCAGGCUCCCUGUGGUGAUAGGGGGCCUAUUAGAUGUGGACUGCUCAGAGGACGUGAUUAAGAACCUGAUCAUGGUGGUGCGUGGGCAGUUCUCCACAGACGAGCUGGUGGCCGAGGUGGAGAAGAGGAACAGGCUGAAGCUCUUGUUGCCGUGGCUGGAGUCUCGGAUCCACGAGGGCUGUGAGGAGCCGGCCACGCACAACGCCCUCGCCAAGAUCUACAUCGACAGCAACAACAACCCCGAGCGCUUCCUGAAGGACAACCCCUUCUACGACAGUGCCGUGGUGGGCCGCUACUGUGAGAAGAGGGACCCCCACCUGGCCUGUGUGGCCUACGAGAGGGGGCAGUGCGACCUGGACCUCAUCAAGGUCUGCAAUGAGAACUCCCUGUUCAAGAGCGAGGCUCGCUACCUGGUACGGCGGAAAGACCCGGAACUGUGGGCCAGCGUCCUGGAGGAGAACAACCCGUUCAGGCGGCAGCUCAUCGACCAGGUGGUGCAGACUGCCCUGUCGGAGACCCAGGACCCGGAGGAGGUAUCAGUGACGGUGAAGGCCUUCAUGACGGCGGAUCUUCCCAAUGAGCUCAUCGAGCUCCUGGAAAAGAUUGUGCUGGACAACUCCGUCUUCAGCGAGCACCGGAACCUCCAGAACCUUCUGAUCCUGACGGCCAUCAAGGCGGACCGUACGCGCGUGAUGGAGUACAUCAACCGUCUGGACAACUACGACGCCCCCGACAUCGCCAACAUCGCCAUCAGCAACGAGCUCUUCGAGGAAGCCUUCGCCAUCUUCCGCAAGUUUGACGUCAACACCUCCGCAAUCCAGGUACUGAUAGAGCACAUAGGGAACCUGGACCGGGCGUAUGAGUUUGCGGAGCGCUGUAACGAGCCGGCGGUCUGGAGUCAGCUGGCCCGCGCCCAGCUGCAGAAGGACCUGGUGAAGGAGGCCAUCGACUCGUACAUCAAAGCAGACGACCCGUCCGCAUACAUGGAGGUGGUCAGCGCAGCCAGCAAAAAUAGUAACUGGGAGGACCUGGUGAAGUUCCUGCAGAUGGCGCGGAAGAAGGCUCGCGAGGCGUACGUGGAGACGGAGCUCAUCUUCGCCCUCGCCAAAACCAACCGUCUGUCUGAGCUGGAGGAGUUUGUGAGCGGACCCAACAACGCCCACAUUCAACAGGUGGGAGACCGUUGCUAUGACGAGGGCAUGUACGACGCGGCUAAGCUGUUGUAUAACAGCGUGUCGAACUUCGCCCGGCUGGCCUCCACCCUGGUGCACCUGGGCGAGUACCAGGCGGCCGUGGACAGCGCCCGAAAAGCCAACAGCACCCGCACCUGGAAGGAGGUGUGUUUCGCCUGUGUGGAUGGGACGGAAUUCCGGCUGGCCCAAAUCUGCGGCCUGCACAUCGUUAUUCACGCCGACGAGCUGGAGGAGCUCAUCAGCUACUACCAGGACCGAGGGUAUUUUGAGGAGCUCAUCGCCCUGCUGGAGGCAGCCUUGGGUCUGGAGCGGGCUCACAUGGGCAUGUUCACUGAGCUGGCCAUCCUCUACUCCAAAUUCAAACCACAGAAGAUGAGGGAACACCUGGAGCUCUUCUGGUCCCGAGUCAACAUCCCCAAGGUCCUGCGGGCGGCCGAACAGGCUCACCUGUGGGCGGAGCUGGUCUUCCUGUACGAUAAAUACGAGGAGUACGACAACGCCAUCAUCACCAUGAUGAACCACCCCACCAACGCCUGGAAGGAGACUCAGUUCAAGGACAUCAUCCCCAAGGUAGCCAAUGUGGAGCUGUACUACAAAGCUUUGAUGUUCUACCUGGACUUCAAACCUCUGCUGGUAAAUGACCUGCUGACCGUGCUCUCGCCCAGGUUAGACCACACCAGAGCGGUGUCCUUCUUCUCCAAGAUGGAGCAGCUGCAGCUGGUGAAACCGUACCUGAGGUCAGUGCAGAGCCACAACAACAAGGGAGUGAACGAGGCCUUGAACAACCUGCUGACCGAGGAGGAGGACUUUCAGGGUCUGAGGGCGUCCAUCGACGCGUACGACAACUUCGACAACAUCAGCCUGGCGCAGCGGCUGGAGCGGCACGAGCUCAUCGAGUUCCGCCGCAUCGCAGCGUACCUGUACAAGGGCAACAACCGCUGGACACAGAGCGUGGAGCUCUGCAAGCAGGACCGCCUGUACAAGGAUGCCAUGCUGUACGCGGCGGAGUCGAAGGACGCAGAGUUGGCGGAGCAGCUGCUGCAGUGGUUCCUGGAGGAGGGGAAGAAGGAGUGUUUUGCCGCCUGCCUGUUCGCCUCGUACGAGCUGCUGCACCCUGACGUGGUCCUCGAGCUGGCCUGGAGGCACAACAUCAUGGACUUCGCCAUGCCCUACUUCAUCCAGCUCAUGAGGGAAUACCUGACCAAAGUUGAUGAGGUUGCGGAGAAGGUGACGGUGGACAAACUGGAAGCUUCAGAGAGCCAAAGGAAAACCCAGGAGGAAGUGACAGAGCCCACUCCUAUAGUGUACGGUCAGCAGCUGAUGUUGACAGCGGCUCCAGCAGCAGCAGUGCCCCCCCAGCCUGGAUUCCCCCCCUAUGGAUACAGCGCCCCCGGGUACACCCAGCCCCCCUACGGGUUCAACAUGUGACCAUGCCCAAAAACACCCCCAACUGUGACUCUGCACCUCAAAAACACCCCCAACUGUGACCCUGUACCCCAGAAACACCCUGAACUCUGACCCUGCACCCACAAAACACCCCAAACUGACCCUGCACCCAAAAAACACCCCAAACUCUGACCCUGCACCCCAAAAACCCCCCAAACUCUGACCCCGCACCCCAGAAACGCCCUGAACUCUGACCCGCACCCCUGAAACACCCUGAACUCUGACCCUGCACCCCAAAAACACCCUGAACUCUGACCCUGCAUCCCAGAAACACCCUGCACCCCAGAAACACCCCAAACUCUAACCCCCGACCCCAAAAACACACCUGCUGAAAAACCUCCUGAAAACUGACCCUGCACCGCAUGAAGAUAGGACCUCCAGGUCCCAGCCAAAAAACAGCCUGUUACCCACUAUUUAUUGCUCUUUACCCCCUGUCCACUGUCCCCUCCCCCCUCCCUGUCCACUGCAGCCUGGCCUUCCUCCCACCGCCAGCUCGAGCGCAACACUACCGCUGUUCUGGCGCCUCCUUGUGGACUAGCAUUGUACUUCACUGAGAGGUUUACAUUGGUCUUUACCUCUGUGUAGUUUUAACUGAUCCUCCUCUUACAGAAGGGUGUUUUGAUUUGCUUUCGGUGUUUUGCAGCAGUUAAAGGUACAGGAUUUCACAUGAGGGAUUUGCACAGUUUGACAAACGCUGCUGUCCGUGCAUGCGCUGUGUAACCACGCAAAACGGAGCACAAUUUCCCAUCUUCUAGAAAAUAUUACAAAUGUUUAUGUAGACCCUUAACCUAGUAUUGUGACGCCUUGGCCGGCUUGCUUCUCGAGUCGACGUACGAGGUGAGGAGGAGUUUCUGACAUUGCCAGUGCUUUGGAAACAGAAGGGGGUGUGACUGCAAACGUCUGUGCCACUUUUUCAGAAUAGUAUAAUCCAUUUUAAUGUACUGAAAAUAAUGUAUAAUUUAUGGUAAUGAAAUGUUGCUAUUCCUAAUUAAUCAAAAGUCCAAUAUAAUGUAAAACCAUAUGUAUUGUCUAGAGUUGUAUUGUUGUAGUCUUAAGCAUUAUACUUUUUUAAUAUACACAGAGAAAAAGGCGAAAUACAAAAAGAAAAUGGAGUCUUCAGCACGUCUGCUUGCAGCAAAGAUAUUAUUUUUAUUUAAGUAGCAGCGAAGAGAAUGUUCUGGAGUCUCGAGGAUAACCGGGUCUGUCCUGUUUGGGGCGGAGCUUUGGUAAGGGGAGGGGCUCUGCUGUAUUGCCGGUGCCAUGUUGUACAGACGUUGUGUGAAUUUGGGUUUCCGAGGAGAAUCUGAGCUGUACAGCAAUCCCCUCCCAACUCACACAGACCAUGCCUUCGGAAGGAGAAAUAAAUAAAGUUUACACACA